AUGCAUAUCCCUUCCUUGGUUGCUGGCUCCGUUGCCCUUUCGGUUGGAUCCAACUCUCGUAGCUCCCUCUUCGUCGAGAACGCUCCUGAUCACGUUCGCCCCUAUGUCAUUGAGAGAUAUGCCAAUGCCCAGGCCGUCGCCGUCGGCCAGCAGAUCUACAGAUUCCCUGUCACUGGUGCUUCAUCCGGGGGUGCUUUCUCCAUCCUCAUGACCAACUCUCCCGCCUCAGGCGCCCUGGGUGUCCUUCCUCACAUCCAUCAAACCCACUACGAGAACUUCUUCUGCAGUAAGGGACGCUUCCAACUUUGGACCAACAAGUAUGGCGACGAGGAGUCUAGAGUCAUGUUGCCUGGCGAUUAUGGCGCUGUACCAAGAAACACUACACACACAUUCCAAGUGCUGGACCCCGACACUGAGAUGCUGGGAGUCAUUCAACCCGGCGGCUUCGAGGCUCUCUUCUUUGCCAUCGCAGACUCCAACUACACAUCCUCCACCUCCUCUCCCUACGUACCCGCCGCGGCCAGUGGCUCCACCGACGCAGGUGCCGGUUCAUCGGCCUCGAUGAUCUCAGCCCUCGAGUCCUUCGACGUGUUCGCUCAACUAGACUACUCCCCCCGCCGCGAUGCCAUCAACGGCACCGCACCCGCCAACACAACAUGGCACACGGGCAAAAACACCCCAGCCACCAACUCCAACACACCCUUCUAUCUCGCCAAGAACCAAGGACCCAUGUAUCUGAACAGCGAACACGGAUACCAGAUCGUUGCCCCCUUCAUCACCACCACCCAGAGCGCAGCAAAGUUCUCCGAAGGCACCGUCACCAUGUCCAGAACGCUUUCCAACACUACCGUCCCCACUAGAAAGUUUGCCGAUCACACUGCCUUUGAGAUUUUGGAGGGCGCGCUGAUGGUGAAGUUGCAAGGAGAGGAAGUGAGGCUUUUGCAGGGUGAUGUUGUGUUUAUCCCAGGAAACACUAGCUUCUCAUACUGGUCAGAGGUUGCGUUUACCAAGUUUUUGUAUGUGGGUGCUGGAGACCAGGGGUUGGAUGUGGCUUUGAUGAGCAAGGCUGUUGCUUGGGAUUACCCUACUUGGCCUACCUCUGCUGUUUAG